GAACAUUAACUGCAGGCAUGCAGCUAGCUAGCUAGCUCAGCUCAAUAUUAUUACCAUUAGGUCGACACGAAAGUUCACAAUUUUUUUAGUGUUUUCACGAAAGUUUUUAGUGUAAUAGCGUGGACAUGGCUUUGAUUCUUACGGAAACUGCUAGCAUCAAGAAAGCAGUCGGUCUUAUAAAUGAGCUUGAUUCCUCCAAGUUCCCUCGACUUCUACAAAGAAUUAUUCAGAAACUUCAUCUUAGGGAUGAACAUUCCUUCACCGAGGAUGAGGAAGAGAAAUUAGAAGAUGCUCUUGGGAUGGAAAGGAAUGAUUUAGAACUUGUUUUAGAAACUACUGCUUUUAUUCUUGAACAGGCGGCGUAUCAUUUGACUAAACCAGCCAAUCUUUCUCAACAACUCCAGAGCAUACAUCUCAAUGAAGAAAAGGUGUCUUUAUUUGCCAAAGCUUGGACUUCACUUGGGAAAGAUGUUGUAGAGAAACUUAGAAAUCGAUCACUUUCUCCUAAUCAACUGACAGACGUGAAUUGGAGAUUGAAUCUUCAGAUGUCACAGCAGAACCAAACCAAGCUUAAAAUGCCAAACGCUUUGAUAGAACUAGGAGUAACUACUGAUCAUGGAGAUAAGGAUAGGAUACGAAUGGAGUUUACCCAUGAAGAACUAUUUUCAUUCUAUAAUCAGUUGGAAACCAUUCAAGGUCAAUUAGAUGCUCUGAGCUGAUAACAGCAUAGAUAUUCAUCAGAGACGCAAUCUAAUUAUUCCAGUUAAAAGUUAUUGGUCUGUGUGCCUAAUCAUGGUUUGGCUUAAACCAUGGUCUAAGUCAGUGCUAUGAAGCCAAAAAUACUUAAACUGUAUUAACAUUGUACACUUCUUAUAUGUAUUUUAUUCCUUUUCAAAAGGUAAAUGGUGAAGAUGAUUAUUUUAGUUAUCAUUCCCAAACAGUUAUGACUGAAUGCAAACCUAAUUUGCUGUCAAAUUGAAUGUCUACUGUUUUUUUUUACUUAAUUGGCCAUCCUUAGUUGAAUCACAACUUUAGACCAGGGGUUAAAUCAAACCCCAUUACAGAAUACAGGCCAGACUCUUAAUGAUGUUUUUUUUUUUUUUUUUUUUCAAUCUUGAGGAUAUGAGUAUAAUAUUAGUGUUUGCUUCAAACACAGGUGCAAUCAUAAGUAAAGCUUGUUCCUUGCACUGGCUUACAGAUGGGGGGGGGGGCUCUUGCCCCCCCCCCCGACAUUUCACGACCAAGAGAGAAAGGGAAAGAGAGAACGGUGAAAUAUAUUAUUUUCUUAAUAUUAUAUCAAAAUUUAUCACAAAAUUGGAUUUUUGUAAUAAAAUAUCAAAUUUUUUGCUCGAUUGCCCACAAAUUUUUAUGAAUUUUAUACAAUACACUAUAUGUAGCCCCCUCAAAAUUUCUGGGUCAUUAUGCCAGUGUUAUCUCUCAAAUACAUGGCACAAUAGUGAUUGCUUCAUGAUCAAGCAUUAUACAAAAAAUCCAAGUUUUUGCUUGCAUUCUAGAGCAUUUUUCAAGCCAAGUCAUACAUGUACCAGCUGCUUGAGGUGGUGCCUAACUAGGAGUUUUGUAUUCGUCUUUGCCAAAAAGAAAAUUCAUUAGUCAAUAAGUUAAUUUGUACAACAGUGGAUAUGUGUACCAUAAAUACAAAUUAAUCCUUUGGUGUGAGAUGUUUCUGACAAGCAAUUGUUUAUUCUGGAUGCAUAAUGUUACAAGCAAUAGACUAGUAUUAUUGCUAUUACAACUUAUUAUGCAGAACAAUGCUGCUAGCUAAAAUGGGUAUUUCAAAAGAGAUAUAUUUGAUAAUCAAUUUGAACAAUAGAUAUGACUUUGAAUUCAAAGAAAUUCAAUUCCUGUUUAAAGGUUGAGACUGGAAUACAAUAGUAUGUGACCAAUGGUCUUUAGAAGAUUUAUAAGACCUUUGACCAUGAUGAUCAAUGAUAAUGAUGACUAUAAUUACUCUUGCUUGGAAACUUAGCAUCUCUCAUACAUUACAAGUGUCAGAUGGUGGUACGUAUGGUUAAUGUCAGCCAAUUUAAGUUUUAUGAGUAUCAUCGUAACAACACUCUUUCACUUUGUGCGUGGGAUAUAUUGCAUUUAACCCUGAACCAAAUAAGGGGUGGUCAGUUUGACCCCCUCCCACAUUAAAUUCAUGUUAGUCACCCAACCUCGUACUGCAGUGCUUGUGUGUCUUGCCUGAACGAAGUUGGGUAAUACCACAUGUGUGUUAUUGGGGGAUGAUGGGGUCAAAAGAUCAAGUUUUUGUUCAAAUUGUGCUCAUUUCUUUAUUUCUGCAUCAAUUGUGUUUACACUUGUUACAAAUGAACCUUAGGUAAUACCACAUGUGUGUUCAUGAGCAUGAUGGGUCAAAGUUCAUCUAGGGAUCAAAAGAUCAUAUUGCAUAUUUUAUUGAUCGCAAGAAUCAGCCAAGACUCGUGAUUCAUGAACCUCCUUGUUCUUAUAACUAUUGUGCAUAUUUUGGUACCAAGUUCAUGAUAUUGUGCAAGUGUUUGUAGGUUCGGGGUUCAUUCUGUAAUUGCCAUGACCCUGCAACCACUUGUUUGAUUAUCAUAAACUUGCUACCAAAACAUGCACAGACUUGAAAUGAAUAAAAAUAUCUCAUCACACAGCAUGUCAUGACGUAUAGUUUUUGCAAUUUUUUUUAAUUUACCCCCCCCCCCCCUCAUAGUGGACUUUUUAAAGCCCAAUAUAGCUGUUUCUGCAUCCGGGAAUGAAUCAUGCAGUGCUGGUUGGGAUAAACUACCACCUCAUUUAAUGUUUCUAGUGGAAGCAAUUAAAUUCAUAGUAAUGAAUAAUCAAACCCCUGGAUUUAAUUUUGCUAAUAGGAAUCACUGAUGUCUGACAAUUCAUUUGGAGUACUCGAUCAAUUCAGAGUUUUCAGACGGCUUCUUCCAUUAUAUUCAUUUAUACUAGAUCAUGCUCAUCACUUAUUUUAUUAGAAUUCUAUCAAUUCUUGCCCAUGUUUUUCAGGUAUAUUAUCACUUGGUCUACACCAAUUUGUCUAUUUUAUGUUUGGUCUUAUCCCACAUGGUCUAAUCACAUAGGCCCAAAUUCACAAAGGUGGUUUUUAAAUUCAUCUGUUGAUUCCAUGGUUAAUGCAUAUUUCCUGUUUAAAUACGCUUAUUUACCGUGUAUAUAAAAAAAUUACCAAUGCUGAUGCACGCUAUUGUCACAGUGUGCCAAACUGUCGCCUGUUGCCAUGGUUAAAUACGCUAUUUUAUUCAUGAGUCGACUGUUUGAAGAGCGGACUCAUUAAUUCAAAACAGUGGCCUCAUGAAUAAAAUAGCAUGGAUAACCACGGCAACAGGCGUCAAUUUGGCGCAAUGUGCCAAAAGUGCGCAUUAUUAGCAUUGUGGUAAAUAAGCGUAAUUUAUACAGGAAAUCUGCAUACACCAUAGGUUCAACUGAUGGUUUUAAAAACCACCUUUGUGAAUUUGGGCCAUAUUGUCUGUGACCAGUUUAUCUACUUGUCACUUGGCUCAUUUGCCAUUUUGUCUAUAACCACGUGGUCCAUCACCACUUACUGUAGUCUGGUGAAAUAUUUUAUAAACAAAAUUAGGGCAUUAAACUAAAUGACAGCCAAUGUAUUUUAGUGGCAAGUAGAUUAAUUUGAUAAUAGAUUAAAUGGGUUUUGCCCAUGUGUAUUAGACAAUAAGAAAAGUAGACCAACUUUUUUGUAAAGCAAGUGGGCAUAUACUGCUGUAGGGAGGUUGCUAAGCUGCCUAGUUAAGAACUUUUUCUUUCUUUCUUUUCUUUACAGUACAGGUGUUGAAUAAUCAGAAUUCAUUUUAAAAAACUUUUUUAGCCUUUUGCUUGUUUUGAAUAAUCCAGUAGCUUCUUAAUUGUUAACAAGUAUUUGAUAUGAUAUUCCAUUUGUAACUUGCCAUAAAUAUGUUUUGCGGCAUCCAUAUGUAUAUUACUUUGUGUAUAUUAUAUAUAAACAAAGAUUUGCCUUUGUACUUCUUUUGUAAAUGAGGAUAAGAGUAGAAUAUUAAAAUUGUAUAACUUUAUCAUA